UUUCUGAUCCAUCCUGCCUCGAGUCAUGCCGGCGCUUAUGCUAUAUAACUUAUAACCUGUUUGUUUCUUUCUUUCUUUCAACAUGCUCUUCUCCCUCCUCGCCCUCGCCCCCCUCGUGGCUGGCCACACCCUCAUGACAACCCUAUACGUCGACGGCGAGAACCAAGGCGACGGAGUCUGCAUCCGCCAGAACGAUAACCCCGAGAAGGCAACAUUCCCCAUUAGCCCUCUAGCCAACGAUGCCAUGGCCUGCGGUACCCCCUCCCUCCCCCUCUAUCCAGUACAUACAAAGAUGCUAAUAGUAGAAGGCUACAACGGCGAAACAGCCAACAAACGAACCUGCCCAAUCUCGCAAAACUCAACCCUCACCUUCAAGUUCCGCGAAUGGCCCGACGGCAGCCAAGGAGGUUCCAUAGACGACGGGCACAAGGGGCCCUGCGCGGUGUACAUGAAGCCCGUAGAAGACGCAACAGCGUCUAACAACGCCGCGUCCGGAGACGGCUGGUUCAAGGUGUAUGAGAACACUUACGACGAAGACGAGAGCCAGUGGUGCACGGAGAAACUCAUCGCCAAUAAUGGGUUUCUCUCUGUUAAUGUGCCCCAGGGGCUUAAGGGUGGUGAUUAUCUGGUGCGUACGGAAUUGCUGGCCUUGCAUGCUGCGCAGGAUGACCCGCCGGAUCCGCAGUUCUAUGUUGGCUGUGCGCAGGUUUUCCUUGAGGGUUCGGAGGAUGGGGCUGUGCCUGAAGGGAUUGCGAUUGAUAAGGAUACGUAUGAUUUGGGGAUUAAGGGGUUGACGUAUAAUCUGUAUUCGACGCCGCUGGAGCUGCCGUAUCCGCGCUUUGGGCCGGCGGUUUAUAAACCGGAUGCGAAGGCUUCGAAGGCUGCUUCUGGUGAACAGGCUGUGCAGAAGAAGGGUCUUGAGCCUGAGGGGUGUAUUCUUGUUCGUGAUGAUUGGUGUGGGUUUGAGGUGCCGAGUUAUAGUGAUGAGGAGGGAUGCUGGGCGUCCUCCAAGAACUGCUGGAACCAGACGGACGUGUGCUACGAGACGGCGCCGCCAACGGGCAGCAAGAACUGCAAGAUCUGGGAGAACAAGUGCAACAAUAUCGAUGACCAGUGCAAUGCGGGCAACUUCAACGGGCCGCCGAAUAAGGGCAAGGAUUUGACGCCGAAGCUGGAGGGGAUUGACGGCUCGACUGCUGAGUAUUCUGGAAGUAUCAGCAGCAGUCAGUUUGAGGGUUCCAACGAUUCCAGCAAAGAUUCAGGCAGUGACUCGACUACCACUACCACUACCACAGCUACAGCGACAGCUACGGCGACAGAGACAGCAGAUGCUGAUGCUGAUUCUGAUGCUGGUCGUGGAUCGGGAAAAGGCCACUGCAAGGCUAAGUACUCCCACUAACAGAUCAGUUACAACACAUAAAGACUCUCCAGCCGUGCAAUUCCCACACCAGCAUCCCUCCCCUUCCGUACCGGCGUCCCAAGAAUAACUUCGAUCUCCAUCUUCCUCCCAGCUUCGCGGUCC